CGAGUGCGUUUAUAGUUUUAUAACUUUUAAAGAGCACAGAUAAAACCGAAAACAAGGGCGAACGAUUGAUUCGUGUCCGGUCAUCAAACACCACCGAAAAAACAUCCACAAAAUCCUUUAGAAGAAGAACACUAUGUCGGUCGAUCCGCCCAAAGCAAACCUCUUUCAGUCGAUGGCCCUCGGUGGGUGCAGUGCGUGCUUUGCUGUAAACUUUACGCAUCCUAUCGAGACCGUCAAAACCCGCAUGCAGGUAUCCGGGCUCGGGAUUGGUGAAACGGCGUCCUCCUUGUACACGAAGGAAGGAAUAGGUGCCUUUUGGAAGGGGCUGGGAUUUGCUUGGGGGAGAGAAAUCUUUUACACGAGCAUCAAACUCGGCGGUGAGUAGCAAACAGCAGAGCAUUGCAAUGCCAGAAAAUGUCGGCGAGUCUGCGUGACAUAURACACUGCGUUGUCCUGGAUGUGUAGGACAGAAUCGCUUCUCAAAAAACGGGUUUGAAUUUGCAAUUGACGCGGAAAAUCGAAGCUGUGAAUGGUCGAAAAAUUCUACCGACUUCGAUGUGAUCGACCGAGCUUUCUAAUUCCUUUUCGUCAUCUUUUUUCGCUCAAAAACCUCUAGCCUACGCUCCCGUGAGAGAUUUUUUGGGUGCCGGAGGAGAUGCUCCGUUCUACAUGAAAUUUUUUGCCGGAGCUCUCACGGGUGGUGUCGGUAGUGUGGUUGGAAAUCCUUUCGACGUUUUGAAGGUAAGACAUCAAAUCAAAACUUUUUGUCGUGGCAUUUCGUACACAAAUGAAGAGCAUCGUAAAGCGAAUUGAUUUUAAUUGCGAAUUUUUGGCACAAGCGAAUCACUAGUGGGAACGAGAAAUGAUCGCUGGGUCUUUGAAAUUAUCCAUUUGUUUGGUCCGAGUCGAAACUUGCGUCUCAUCUGUCGACAAAUUAAAAACAAAAUUCACGAAAAACAUUUUUGUGUUCGAACUUUCAUAGACCCUGGCUCAGACCAACAAAGAUGCGAGUGCCCCUUUGUCGACCAUGGUUGGAGCUAUGUACAAGGACCAGGGUGUCGCUGGAUUUUAUCGUGGGGUCGAAGCCAACAUUUUGAGAGCCUGCGUCUUGAAUGCCACCAAAAUGGGGGUCUAUGAUUUGACGAAGGGGUACGUCACCGACGCGACGGGAUGGGCCAGAAAAGAUGUUCGGACAUCCUUUUGCUCGAGUUUCGUCGCUGGAUUUUUUAUGACGUGUACCGUGUCUCCAUUUGAUCGAAUUCGUACGAAUCUCAUGAGYCAGCCGACGGACAAGAAGAUCUAUAAUGGUUUUGUCGAUUGUGCCGUCAAGACCGUGAGGAACGAUGGCGUUGCUUCGUUGUGGCGAGGAUUCAUCCCAAUGUGAGUACAAGCACUGAGAAAGCCUGGAGGAGAAAAAAAAUCGUUAAACAUUGGUCUACUGACUGCAUUAUGAAAUCGACUGACGUUUUAUCUUUAUCGAUCUAUUUUUCUCUCUUAAAAGAUGGGCUCGUUUCGCCCCACAAGCCACCCUACAGCUUUUGACUCUUGAAUUUUUGUACACUUCGUUCGGCUUCAAAUCCAUCUAAAAAGAAGGAUGGCCGUACCGAUGAGGUGUUUACCKUGGUGCAUUGCUUAGCUCAAUUGCUUCAGAAUGAUUUGUCGGACAUUGGGAUCGAAUCAGAAUUUUUUGUUUGUUUCGCUAUUGGGCCCUUCGAGAAAUGGAAAGUAUCAUUUGACAAUAAUUGGAUUUCAUUUCUGGAAGUAUUUACAUUACGAACAACAUGAAAGGUCCUACACCAUGCGUUCGUCUUGCUUCCCUCUCGCGUCAAAAAUUCGGUACGGGGAGUCGCUUUGUAAUCGCAACUUUUCAUACCUUCUCUGUCAGAGUUCAGUGUCAUAUUGUCUAGCAGCCAGUAACCUAAAUAAAUGAUCCUACAGUUCGAUCCGAUUUGCACUAACGCACGGUAUGCAUUAGUCCCUCUUUCCACUCGACCUUUUCUCAUCCAUUGCAUCCACGAAAGUUUCUUUCACAGCAAGCCACAAUAGCCACAACGGAAAAAUUAAAUACGGGGAGUAUACUGCGAUGACAAAGAAAGGAAGGGCAAACCAAUGGUGAGGGAACACAACCAUUUGUUCCGAUGAAGCCAGCAAACGCCGCAAAGCGUCGAGUUGCAACGCCUCCCUCGCGUGCUCUCAAUCCGGUACUUACUGGCGGUGGUGGCGCACUUCUGGCCUGUCGUCAUUUCCUCGCUCCAUACAAAACACGAAAGGAUUGGAACCAGUGUGGUGCUGACAUGAGAACCGUACACGAUGCAUGCGAUGCGAAACCAUUCCGGGUAGCUCUCCUGUGGCGUGGAUCCGCCGUCGCUUGGGUUGGUGGUGCUGCUUCCGUUGCAUUUKCCCGCCGUCAUGAUCGUCCUUGCCGCAACAAUGAAGAAGGGAAGCUGGAACAAAAUCUCACAACCGAUCAGAGACGAGAACCAGGCGUAUUCACCGGACGGGGCGUUUUUCAUUAGAACAUCGCCAAAGAGGCCGCAGUACCAUGCGAUCAAGUCGGUCAGGAGCUUCGGGUAAWGCGGACCAAAGAGUCCCUGCGCGUCAACGAACAGGGUGAUAGGAAUAUGGGACAGAAAGAAUGCCAGAAACGCCACCCGAGAGGCUCCUUCUAUCACUUUCAUGGUUCAUACAGUCUUUGCUUCUGGAUUUUGAAUUCUUAUCACAAAUAUUUGAAGUAA